AUGUUACGAGAGGUCAGACAGGAACAGAGUCUGUCUACACCAAUUUCCGGGGCAAGGAGAUCAUGUUCCAUGUCUCUACAAAGCUACCCUUCACAGAGGGAGAUGCCCAGCAGCUUCAGCGGAAGCGCCACAUUGGGAACGAUAUUGUGGCCAUUGUCUUCCAGGAUGAAAAUACUCCCUUUGUCCCUGACAUGAUUGCCUCCAAUUUCCUGCAUGCCUAUGUGGUAGUGCAGCUUCAUCACCAUGCCCUUGGGGAGACUCUCUACAAGUCCUUUGCCCUGCCUGGGAGAAGCCCGUCGCGCAACCGGGGCAGCCGCUUCAAUGGGAGACGCAGUAGUGCCAUUGGCAUUGAGAACAUCCAAGAGGAGAAGAGUCAGAACACUUACAGCAACGGCUUGAGUUCUGUGAAGUCCUUCCAACAAAAGCAGGUGCGAUUCCAGCAAGUUAUCCUUAAUCACGCUGAGAGGUGAGCUUCUUGAACUUUAAGUAAUUAAUUAAAUCCAAACCGUAGAGAUUAGAUGCCAACCAGCUUCAGUCGAAAGGAUUUCCGAUGGAGGAGUGAGCUUGAUGUCUCCCAGCCCCCACCGCUCUACUUAAAACAGAACUGCGCUCUUCAACACAGCUCUAAAUUAAGGAGCCGGCUCAGGGGGAAUCUGUGGGAGAUCUUGAUCCAAACCCUUUAAUCCAGGGUGGCAUGGGGGUGGUGGUUAUGAAGCCUCAAACCCCCCUUAAAUUGCUCCUCCUCGGUCUCCCCUGUCGGGAAGCGUGCAGCCUCAUUAGCUAUCCAACCGGAAGUCCGACUAUGUGGCUCUUCUGACAGAUUAGCCCGUAUC